UGAUGUACAGAUCAAUAGACAUUUUAUUCAGUUAUCUCAUUAAUAGUCUGAUUGUGCUUGUCUUGGACAAGUUAUCAGCAAAAGCUUAUCUGCAGUUGAGCCAAACACAGCUAUUAGUCACCAUAUUUCUUCUCUAAAAGCCGAAAGCCCCAAAAGUUAAAGUGUCAGAGAAAAUUGUCCAUCCCAGGUCAAGAAAAGCUGCUCAGAUGAUCAGAAAUGCCCACAGAAAAGACAGAGUUGACAGGUAUUGUAUCAACUAUUAGUUUGAUUUAGGGUUCCUUCUGUAUAUAGUACAUCAAUCUGGACCAAUGAUCAAUGUUCCAUAGUGGACACAUUGUCCAUUAAUCAGAUUAACCUUGUGUUUUGUUGCAUAAAAUAUAUUCUGAUGCCAAGUGCUUUGAACAUUUUCAGGAAAAAGUCAGAGAGAACAGCUAUUUUACAGUCGCUUGCUGAUAAAGUGCAAUGGUUCAAAGAUCACAUAAAACCAGAGGAAAAAAAUUGUUCCAUUCAAGACGUUCACAAUUUAAUUAAUGUGUGAGUUGCUUUGGUUUUCUAAAGUAAUUAAACACUGGCCAUGUACGCACCACGUACCUAUUUUUACACGAAAAAUAUUAAAUGAGGAUCUAAGUAUUACACAGUGCCUAAAAUGCCUUGACAAAAAUCACACUGAAAAAUUGUUGUAACUUUUUUUCCAAAAAAAAUCAAUGUAUUUUACAGCAUAUAUAUAACAGUUUUUCAAUAUAUUAAAUGUUUUUUGAGAGGCGAAGGUUUCACAAGCAUGUUUCACAGAAACUACAGCAAAGUUUUUAAUAUUAUUUCUCAGAUAUUUCAAGAGAUUUGAUGCGGAAUUGGAACAGUUAAGGAUUGGUGAAAAGAUAAAAGGCAGGCAGCAACAAGCAGGAGCAAAAUUUUCAAGAGAAAACAACAUCAAGAUGAUUUUGGAGAGAGAACGACAAGUUUACGAAUCUAGUGGAUUUGGUAAAUUGAGAUGAAAUGUUUAAUUGGUAGAGGGGUGGAAUACAGCGACAAUACUACGCGCAAAUUAUGCUGUUUUGGGGCGUGAGAUCAAUUGAUGAUGACUUGAAUGUUUGGAACAUUUUCAAACCUUAUUUUAUUUAUAGCUUCUUGUUUUAAAACCAUUUUUUUACAAAAGUCUGUUAGGAGGUCGACUCGCCUAGAUUUAAUCUUUUAUACCAAGUGUGAAAGCUUACAUCAAAGAGAAUAAAACAGAAACAACUAAUAUAUUUUUUAAUCUACCAUUUCUUCUUUUAGAAAUUCCAGAUGUCACAUCAGGUGGAAAUGUUAAAUUGCUAAGGUAAACAACAACAACAACAAUUAGCAACAACAACAACAGCAGCAGCGACAACAACAACAACAGCGACAACAACAAUAAUAUUAUUUUCUUUUCUUUAGAGCUUGGAAUGGAAACUUGGAUCAUCUACCGAAGAUCAAACUUAAACGAUUCUGCAGUUCAGAAGUCGCAACUCUGGAGAAAACGGAUAAUAUAACUACUGGUGAUGCAUAAUCAGGACACUGAUUGAUCGAACAUAUUUGACAUUUUAAAAACACUAUGCAGUUUUAAUAGCUAUAUGUAAAACGUUUUCAUUAAUAAAAUUUUGAAAAAUU